AUGCAAGGAGGCUUAAAGGAUGCGCAUUUUAUUGCGAAAGGUCUUCAUUCUUACUCUAUCGUCGAAGAAAACGGAUUUCUGGAUCUCAUCGCGGCUGCAGCUCCCGAGUACGUCGUCCCAAGCACAACAACAUUUUCCCGAUCCGUAAUUACGAUCUUGUACGAAGAGGAAGUGCGACGAGUAAAAUAUGAACUGAAGAGUCAUUUCAACGGUGGGACUGAAUGUUAUUCAAUCACCACAGACGGCUGGACGUCCCGCAGUGGGGACAGUUACCUGUCACUGACAUGUCAUAUCCUGGACGGUAACUUCGCAAUUCACAACUACACUUUGGCGUGCAGGUGCAUGCCCCUCGGUCACAGUGCUGACAACAUACGCAACUUCCUAAAGGACGUCAUUGCACAGUGGGAUUUGCCAGAGAGUGUGCCUGUUUUCAUGCUGACCGACAAUGCGCGAAACUUUGUUGCCGCCAUCCCGCAAUGUGGAUCGUGGACCAGCAUACCUUGUUUUGCCCACACUCUGCAACUCAGCAUCGAGGACGCGAAAAAACAAACGGCUGGCUUCAACGAUAUGUGUGGCAAGGCCAGAUCUCUGGUUGGCCAUUACAAGCGUAGUGCACAGGCACGACAUCGCUUGCAACAAAUCCAAGAAACUAUGGGCACUAAGCCACUGGAGUGA